CCACCCGUUGCUCGUUCCCCAGUGACCGCGCCAAGACCAGGAGGGCCUCAUUUCCCGACUUCACUCUCCAUCCGCCGCCCGCCUCACCUACUGCCACCUCACACUGCCUACAACCACACACUCUGCCGCGCAGCGAGCCCAUCGCCAUCAUGUCGCAAACCUCGCUGCCGUCGGAUCUCAACCGCCAUCGGUUCCCGAAUCUCUUCGAGCUGCUGAGUCGCAAGACGGUUGCGCCGCUUGAUCUCUUCUCCUUCUACAUCUACAUGCGCGAUCAGCAACGAUCAGUGGAUUACCUUGACUUCUGGCUCGAUGUAUCCCAGCACCUUCAGCUCUGUCGUCUCUAUGUGCGCCGAUUGCACAGGUCCGUGAUUGAGGAUACCCCGGAGGCGGAUAGGAACAGCAAACGCUCCUCAUACAUGUUCGAUAAUGCAGGCGAAGGAUCUGCAUAUCCGAUUGGGGAGAAAGGCAACGUAUCAGACCAACGCCUGUCGGCAUUCCUCAGAUCGGACAACGGCAGUCGCCAACACUCGCCGCAGAACAGUUUGGGAACCAACGGGUCAGGCGAGCGACCCCCCCGACCGAGCUUCAUGACACUGGACACCAAUUCGCCCGGCGACUCUAGCUCUCCUCACCAGAACUCGUCAGGCGGCGACAACCAGCCUCGCAGGGAAGACUUGCGUGCCUCCGCUGAAAAGAUUCUAUACACCUUUCUUCUGCCUGGUUCGGAGAGGGAGAUCAUUAUCCCACAAAGCAUUCUACACGAAGUUCAGGACGCUAUAGAGGGACCCGACCAGCGUAGCGACCCCGAGUUGUUCGACGCUGCAAAAGACUAUGUGUUUCAGGCUAUGGAGCGAGAUGCAUUCCCAGGAUUUCUCCAAAGCAAAGGAUUGGGCAACCUCGUACCUCAGAGCAUGAUGAUCCGACUCAUCAUUGGCUUGAUCAGCUUCUUUGGCGCGGUUUGGACUGCAUUCAUUCUGAUCUUCCUCAAUGAGUCUAGGGCGACUCGAUGCUGGAUCAUCCUCCCGUUCACAAUCGCCCUCUACCUCAUCUUCACUCACCAAUACAUGCUGGAUCCACUUCUUGCCAUUGCUGGUUACAGUGAGUUGACACUGAUGAAUUUCACCCGGAUACGAGAACCUUUCGUCAAGAAGACACUCACCACGAGGUCACUCUCCUUGCUUGGGCUCUUCGUCGUCAUCGACGCAGCAAUCUGCUGUCUGUUCAUCUUCGUGCCUGGUAAACGUCUAUAA